AUGGCUGGGUUAAUGUUGGCAGUGCAAAUGGAUUUGGAUGCGAGGCGUGCUAUGCGUCGUGAGAGAAUUUUUCGAGACAGAGUCCACCCACUUGAGAUCUACAACGACUUGCAAUUAUAUCAACGCUACAGAUUGGAUAGGCAAACGAUUCUUGACUUGGCCGAUGCUGUUAGGAAUUAUAUCGAGCCACAAACAGACCGAAACCAUGCUUUGCCAGCCGACCUGAAGGUGCUUGCAACAUUAAGAUUUUAUGCCUCGGGUUCAUUCCAGGAAGUCACCGGGGAUACGGUACACAUUUCCCAACCCAGCAUGAGCCGCAUUAUAACGCAAGUGACGGAUGCACUGAUUCAUUUGCUACACAACAUCAUUAAAUUCCCUGCGCUUCAAGACAUCCCUCGUAUUUCUGCAGCAUUUUAUGAAAUAGCGAACUUCCCUGGCAUUAUAGGGUUGAUUGAUGGUACGCAUGUUUGGAUCAUUGGCCCUACUCAUCACGAAUGGAGAUACGUCAACAGGAAAAACUAUUAUUCUAUCAACGUACAGGUGGUCAUGGAUGCUCAUUAUCGAUUCAUAAACGUUGUAGCGAGAUGGCCUGGAAGCACCCAUGAUUCGAUCAUUUUGAGAGAAAGUGGGCUAGCCGAAGUGAUGGAAGUCUGGCAAGGUAAUGAAGUCCUUCUAGGCGACAGCGGGUAUCCAGUAAGACCAUGGCUGAUGACACCCUUCCUAAACCCAAACACCCCGCAGCAGCGACGAUACAACCGUUCCCACAAAAGAACUAUAUGCUUGGUAGAAAGGGGAAUAGGCCAGUGGAAAAGGCGUUUCCAUUGCCUCCAUGGACAACUCCGCUAUACACCGUUAAAAGCUUGCGGCAUCAUUUCUGCAUGCGCAAUGUUGCAUAAUAUUGCCAUCGACAGAGGUCUCCCUGAUUUUGACGAACAGCCAAUCGAGCUACAGCCACAGCCUGACGACGAUGAUGACGAUGUAGAAAAUGUUGUUGCCUUUGGUCGACUUAACGGAGCAGCUGCGAGGAACCAAAUAGUCAACCAACACUUCUAA